CGACCGCGCCGCUGGUGGAUCCGAGCAGAGUACGGCUUAACCAACGUUGACAACGAGGAGGUUCUGUAAAUAAAGUAUUUUAGUUAGUGUUUCCUUGAUCAAAAUGUUCAUGUAGAAACAGAGAUAUGGCUGAAGUCCAUGUAAUUGGGGAAAUAGUUGGCGCUAGUGGAUUUCCUGCGCAUGAUUUAUUCUGUAAAUGGGGAAUUCACACGGGAGGUGCGUGGAAGGUGCUAGCAGGAUUGCGUGAAGGUCAAACUCAGGUUGACAUUCCGCAAAAUGAAGACUUUGCUGUCUGGAGCCACCCUAUCGACAUUCAUUUUGCAACUAAAGGAUUACAAGGGUGGCCAAAGUUAAACUUUCAAGUUUACCAUCAAGAUUCGUAUGGACGCAGUGAACUCCAUGGCUACGGAUUUUGCCACAUUCCCACUUCACCUGGAACUCACGAUCUAGAAUGUGUCACAUGGCGUCCUGCCGGAUCGUAUAGGGAUCAGAUAACUCAGUUUUUCCUUGGAGGAGGCCCUCAGUUGCGAAACCCCGACAUGGUGUAUAGUGCAGAAAGAUACACAUUACAGACUGUCGCAAUGGGCAAGGUUCACUUGCAAUUAGGGGUUGUGUUUAGAAAUUUUGAUAAGUAUGGUGUUGAGUGUUGAUUGGUGUCGUCUAUUGAUCAGGACUAAAUUUGACCAAUCAGGUAUAACAAUAGAUGUUUUAGUCUGAUAGAGUACAUAAUGCCAAAGCCUUUAUGCUCUUCUCAUUAUUUCAGUCAUUGGAUCAGACAUUUAUGAUAUGAAAUGCACCCUCAGCUCCCUGGGGGAAGCUUUCUCAGGGGGUGAGCCAGCGACCCCAGCUGUCGGACAAUAAUCUGUGAGACAAGACUUUGUUUAUACCUUGUUUCGCAAACUUUACAGAUCAUCAUAGGAGGGCGCGAAAAAAAAAGAAAAAAAAAUUUGCUUUCAUAUUGAGCAAAUAGUUUUGCUAAAAACAUUUGAGAAAAAUAAACUUAGAACUUAUUCAAAUUAGGAAACUUAAAGUCUAUUUCUAGGCAAGUUUAACUAUAUAUAUAUAUAUAUA